AUGGAAGAACUUGGAGAGAAUCAGACCAGUCUCAAUGAGUUUAUCUUAGUGGGAUUUUCACACCUGGCUGAGCUGCAAAUCUUGCUCUUUUUGCUGUUCCUGAUGACAUACCUGAUCACCAUAAUAGGGAACAUGCUCAUUAUCUUGCUGAUCAAAUGCAAUCCUUCCCUUCAAACUCCCAUGUACUUCUUCCUAGUGAACCUCUCAUUCUUGGAAAUGUGUUACACAACCAGUGUGGUGCCACAGAUGCUGAUCCAUUUGUUAACAGAGCACAAAACCAUUUCUAAGGCUGGGUGUGCGGCCCAAAUGUAUGUCUUCACUAUCCUGGGACUGACAGAAUGCUGCCUCCUAGCAGCCAUGGCAUAUGACCGCUAUGUUGCCAUCUGCUAUCCUUUGCAAUACACAGUCAUCAUGAACAGCCAGGUCUGUAUUCAAUUGGCAGCAGCAUCAUGGGUCACUGGCAUAACAGUGGAAGUGACUCAAACAACGUGGAUCUUCAGCUUACCCUUUUGUGGUUCUAACCUCAUCCAACACUUCUUCUGUGAUAUCCCACCCUUGGUGCAAAUGGCAUGCACAGACACUUUUAAAAAUGAAAUUGUAGUAUUGGCAGUGUCAGUACUUUUCAUCAUGGGGCCAUUUGUGCUCAUAAUCCUUUCCUAUAUACGGAUUGGGUAUACUAUCCUUAAGCUUCCCUCAGCAGAAGGGAGAAAGAAGGCCUUCUCUACUUGUUCCUCGCACCUCAUUGUGGUCACAUUGUUCUAUGGGACAGCCCUGUUCACAUACUUGAGGCCCAAGUCUAGCAAUACUCCAGGGAGUGACAAAAUGAUUGCUCUGAUGUACACUGUGGUUACUCCAGUUCUAAACCCCAUAAUAUACACCUUAAGGAACAAAGAAGUCAAGGGAGCCUUUAAGAAGACAGUUGUCAGAUUUGUCUGUGCACAGAGCUCAGCAAUGUGA